UCGGGAUUGAGGCGGCGGGAGGAGGAUGUGAGGGAGGCCGGAGGCCGGGAGCGGAGCCGGGGGACGGGCCGGGAGCGGAGCCGGGGCACGGGGGCCGGGAGCGGGGACCGCGGCGCCCACAUGCCGCCUGACAACACGCGCCAGCGCCGAUUACAGGAUGUUUCGUCGCUCAAGAUUGAGUGUAAGACCCAAUGUGAAACCUGGUGGAAGGGGUUCAUCACAAACCUGCAAGGCGGAUGACAAGGCUCUGACUUCAGACCAGCAACUAAAUUCAGAAGGAAAAUCUUCCAAUGAGAAUGAAGAUUUUGAAAUUCCGGCUGCUUCUGGGUCUUUCCCAUCGACACCACUGCCCAAUCCAGGUGUUGAACAAGAAGAGAGAGAUGACCCAGAUGAACAGCAGGAAAAUGUUCCACUUAACAAGAAUGAAAAAAAUGAGAAGACUGGAGAGUCUGGAGGUCAAGGUAAACCAUCUGUGGCACCUUUGCAAAGAAGGAAGCGCUUCUCUACCAUGCCAAAUUUGGCCAAACCAAGAUCAACAUCUUUGUCUACACAGCAGUCGACCAACCUAACAGCAAAAUCUCCUCAGCAACAAAAUCUAUUAACUCCGGUGACCAAUGUGGCAUCCUUUCAAGAUAAUUCUCUUCCGUCACAGGCCACCACCACUGAGAAAACACUUCCUAAAUCACCAGAGAAACGAAAACCAUCUUCAGGACAACAUAUCAAAUUGCCAGAAAAGAAGACCCCAAUUCCUCAAGUACCACAAUUCUCUCCUGUUAAAAACCCUCUGCACAAAGAUUCAGCUGUAGGAGCCAGUUCUACCCGAGUGCCAAUGACACGGAAGACAUUGUCUUCGCCACUUAAGGAGAGGAUUACACCCAGUAGUGCACCUGCAAAAGGGAUUGUACCAUCUCCUAGUGUCUCACCAGCACGUCCUAAGCCUGCAAAAGUUCCGUCUGACUUAGAAAGGCUCAGGAAAGCUCGAAAAUUGCGGGAAAUGCUGAAAGAGGAGUUGAAGAAAGAGACGAAAGCUCACAGAGAAACGAUUCCAAUUUGGGAAACCAAUAACCCACCAGAACGUACUAAAAUGACAAUGAGAGACUUCAUCUACUACCUGCCUGAUACAAAUCCAAUGCUAUCUUCAUUUGACGAAGAAAGAAGACCAUCUCCUCCAGUUCUAAAUAAAGAGCCAGAAGUGGGAAGUAACAAUGCCCCAACUAACGAGGAAGAGGAUGAGGAAUCUGAUGAUGCAGUUUUGGGUCCACGGGUUAAAGUCGCUGAAGAUGGCUCUAUUAUUAUUGAUGAAGAAAGCUUAACAGUUGAGGUUGUAAGGAUGAAGACUUCUAAUGUUGUUGAAGAAAAUGAUCCCAUCUUUGAACGUGGCUCUCAGACAACCUAUUCCAGCUUUAGAAAGAGCACCCACACAAAGCCAUGGUCUGAUAAAGAAACUGACAUGUUCUUUCUAGCAAUAAGUAUGGUUGGGACAGAUUUCUCUAUGAUUGGUCAGCUGUUCCCAAACAGAUCAAGAAUCGAAAUAAAGAACAAAUUUAAACGGGAAGAAAAAUUGAAUUCAUGGAGGAUAGACAAAGCAUUCAAAGAGAAGAAGCCACUUGAUCUAGAUUUUUUUGGAGAGCUAUUAACUCAGGUUCUGGAAGGAGAGGCAAAGCGGAAGAGGGAAAGGAAUGGAAGAGAUAAAAGUCAAACUCCAAGAAAAUCAACUACCAAACGGAGCAGGAAAAGCAAGAAAUUGAAAGAGACCGAAAGUGACCCAGAUGAUCCUGAUCCAAUUGAAGCUGCUGACCAUGAAUUAGCUGAAGCUGACUCUAGUGCUAUAACAGAAGGAACCGAGGAAGAUACACAGAAUAAUGAAGCUGUACAAAAGCAGCCCCCGAUCAAACGCAAGAGAAAAUGGAAAGAAAAGGUUGCUGCAGAGCCAGCAGAGAGGGAAAUCACUGAAGAACCCUCAGAAGGGGAGGAUGAUACUCAAAAAUCAAAGUGUAAAGUACGGCAGCACAAGAAAGGAGUCCAGAAAACUUCAGCUUCAGUUUCUGGUGGCAAAGACAAUGUUGGGAAGCCAAUUGCAGAAGGUGAAGAUGAAAGCCAUACUGUGGCCGAUGGUGAAACAUCGUCUGACCAAGGGGCUUCUGAAAGCAAACAGCCUUCACAUGCCAAGGGAAAGGAGAAGCCCAAUGAGGAAGAUAAAUCAUUCAGUGACUGUGAAAGUGAAACACUGUCAGGUACAACACCACCAGUCACAAGUGGAAGUUCUAACGAAUCUCAGCUUGCUCGGCCCCAGAAAUCUAAGCCCAACUUAAAACUGAUUGGAAGGAAAAAAGCAGGUGGAAAACAGCGUAUUAAAACCGCUCCAAAACCCAGUGCAUCUUAUGACGACGCAGUGCAAUCCAGGGCUGAUGCUAUCCAAUCUGGGGCUGAUGCGGUGGAAUCCAGGGCAGAUGCUGUACAAUUCGUGACUGACGGAGUGCAAUCCAGUGCCGAUGCUAUCCAAUCCGGGGCUGAUGCCAUCCAAUCCGUGACUGAUGCGGUGCAAUCCAGGGCUGAUGCUAUCCAAUCUGGGGCUGACGCGGUGGAAUCCAGGGCAGAUGCUGUUCAAUUCGUGACUGACGCAGUGCAAUCCAGGGCUGAUGCUAUCCAACCUGGGGCUGACGCCCUGGAAUCCAGGGCCGAUGCUGUUCAAUCCGGGGCUGAUGCGGUUAAAGAAUCAUUUCUGCAGGAUCGUGAUGCUUGUCUUGAAGAACCAUCUGAGGUCAUGACAUAUAAACAGUCAGAAAAGGAUGGUAGCAGUUCAUUGAAGCCUGAAACAACAGAAGCUGAUAAAGCUGAAGAGAUAACAUCAUGUAAUGUACAUGAUUCUGACACUGAACCACGACCUGUAGAGAAACCAGAAGAACCCAGAAGCAAACCAGGACGACCAGUGAGAAGUCGUUUCCAGAAGCCCAAGCCAAAUGUAGGGAGAGCGGUGGUGAAGAAAGAUGUGUCAGCACAAGGAAGGAAAGUUGCUACAGUGCAAGGAAGUAAUAUUGCAACUCAAGAUAUUACGGAGCUCAGUCCAGAUACCACUAGUAGUAAAGAAAGUGAAGCUCAUCAACAGACUGCAAGCAAUGCUUAUUUUGCACCAGAUGCAAGAAUUUUGGAUAAUGUUCCAAUACAGCAAGAUGCAGUCUGGAAUCAAUCAGAAGGAACUAAUGGAUCAGAAGUUCCAGCAUCUCUGUCAAAAUCUCCAUCUCCAGAUGCUGCAUCCUCAGGUAUGGUUAAAUCGAAGAGAAAACAUGUGACUGAUUCGCUCACAGAGCUACCAAGAAGGACUUGGGAUUCAAACAAAGAACUGCAAUCAGAAAAGACAUUUCAGUACGACGAACAAAAUGAGCAAGAGGAGUUAACUCUAGCUGCCAUUCAGGAAAAUAUUAUGAGCAAACCAACUAGAUCCGGAAGACAGCCCAAACCUACAACAUUUUAUAACCCUUCGGCAAAUCAGCAACCACCAGCUACUUCUACAUUAUCUGAGGGAGAAACUGAGGGCAAGUUCAGAAGUAGACCUGUUCGACCUCACAAAACUAAACCCAAAGUCAGCAAAGUCUUGGGUAAGAAGGAGGCUCAAACUAAGAGUGCUGGGAAAAGUCAAGGAACCACAAAGAUGACACUUGUUACCCUGAGAGCAUCCCAAGAAGAAGAAGAUGAUGAAGAAUCUGAUGUAGAAGAGGAAGAUGAUAUCUAUCCCAUCAAUCCAGAGGAGGUCAACAAAGCUCCAGCUUUUGUGCCAAUCAGCCUCCGAUCUCCUGAACCUGUUCAAGCCCAAGUGGAGGAAACUAUGGAAGAGCUUGAAAUAGCACUUAAUGUCUCAGACAAGAACUAUACUAGUGAAGCUGAACACUCACUUCUUGAGUUGCGUGAUAGAAGUGAACCCAGUCAGUCAUGCACCUUUAUCCCAGAGGAAGAUUACCACCCAACAACUGCUGAUCAGAUUGAGCUUUUUGUUGAAGUUAUAGAAGUUCCAAGUGAAGGUCCAGUUCGAGAAGAGGAGCAUUGCAGUGCCAAGCAUAGUGAUGGUUUACAGGACGCUGCAUAUAAAGAUGUGAUCUGUGUAAACCAGAAGAACUUGGAAGAAGAAUCUGUCCUUGGUAGUGAAGUUCCUUCUUUGCAGAUUGUAGUGUGCAGUACUCACAAUGCUAGUGAUGAAUCAAACACUGAAUCCAACAGACCUGACAAACAGUGUGCUUCUGCAGAGAAAGAUCUGAAGGGUCAACUGGACUUGCAAAAACCUCCUUUUCCAAAAGAAGAUUCUACCAAAGCUGGUUUUAGUAGUUCUUCAGUCACUGAAGAAUCUGAUGGUGCACAGAACAACGUAGCCAGGAGAAGGUGCAGAUUUCCAAAACCAAAACCCAACCUCAGCAAAUCCACUUCUAGAAGCCAUGCAAUAAAGCCUUGUCCUACUACUGAGAGUAAAGAAAUCCAAAGCUUUAUAGAGCCAACCAGAACAGCAUUGCAGAAGGAAAAACCUGGUAAUGAAGCAGAAAUGAAUCCUGAUGACUCCUUGCCAAUUCAACUGGUGACAAUAGAAGGCAAUGAAGAAAACAUAACCAUAAAGCAGAUUCCAACUGAACAACCAAACAGUAAGCUAUCGGUACUCGAUGGCCAAGAAAAACACGCGAGUGAAGAACGAAUGAGCAAGUCUCAGCAUCUGGACCGUGAGACCAAGCAUCUGAGUGAAAGGUUAAACUUGUUAAUAACUGAUGAGCAAAACAAAUGUGUGGGAGAAGACGAUGGAAUGAAUAGAAGAAAGCAUCAGGACAGUGGGUCUGAGCAUCUGGGUGAAAAGUUAAACUUGUUGACAUCUGAUGAUCAGAACAAAUGUGUGGGAGCAGGGGAAGGAAUAAAUAGAACUGAACACAUGGAAAGUGAAUCCAAGCAUCUGACCAAAACGUUAAGUUUGUUAAUAUCUGAUGAGAAAGACAGAAGUGUGACAGAUAAAGGGCAAAUGAGUAAUACUGAGCACCUAGACAACAGGAUCCACAAUUCUGAUGCAGAGUUACUAACAUCUGAUGAACAAGACAAAUGUGUUGGAGAGGAAGAACAAAUGAAAAUGACUGAGGGUCCGGCUGACGGCACUGAGGGUCCGGCUGACGGCACUGAGGGUCCGGCUGACGGCACUGAGGGUCCGGCUGACGGCACUGAGGGUCCGGCUGACGGCACUGAGCGUCCGCCUGACGGCACUGAGCGUCCGCCUGAUGACACUGAGCAUCUGCGUGAAAGGGUGUCUCCAGCACAUAUUCAAUUAGACACAGCAGUUCAAAGUCAGGAUGUUCAACCAGGAAUUUCCUCGGAGACAUACUUUACACAAUCUUCAUUGACUUUAUGUCAUACUGCUGAUCCAACGCUGUCUAUUGAGGCUACAGAAACAACUCCAGAAGUUUUGUGCUCUGGUUACUCCACAAAGAUUGAUAUCGAAGAACCUCAAAAUGUGGAACACCAAGAAACACUGAAAACUUAUGAAGAAAACUUGGGGAACUUAAUGGCAGUGGAAAACCCAAAAGAAGAGACAAUCAUAUUAACCUUGGUUGAGAUCCCAGCCUCUUCUUUAACAGAGUACAGUGAAUCUUCAGCUUCCUAUGUCCCUGUUUCAGAAAACACCUUGAGUUUCGCUGAGCUGUAUCCACCCCUAUCAACAGAAAAUAUUGAAUUUGCUGUGAGCUCUGAACCCUCAGUAGAGGCACCUACUAUACCCACUGUGUCUGAAUCAAUGACAGUUAUAGAAAGUAACCCUCAACAAUGGAGCUCAAAUAUGCCAAGACUGAAUGUGGGACAAAUGGAUAGAAAAAGGAACGCUGACAGUUUGAUUGAUAAUCAAAAUGAUUCUGCCAAGAGGAGCUCAGUGGUUGUGUCAAGUCAAGAGGUUCUCAGAGAAAAUGUGCCACAGAAUGAAGGAAUUACUCAAUCAAAUUUAGCUGCCUUUACACCACUUGAGGAUUGCUCGGCACCUUCAGCAACUAAUACAUUAGGUAAUUAUGUUUGA